AUUCGUUCUUUGUCUUGAGAGGUGACAAGCAAAACUUUGAUUUUUAAAAUGUGAAAGGCACAAAAUAAGUUCUUUCCAAAAGCUCCUCCUUCGUCAUGCAUGGCAUCCACUGCAGCCCCAUGGCAAAUUAUCCUUCUCAUCCUACCUCCUGGAAAGAAUAUAAUAUGGAAAAUCAGGUGAGAAGUAAUCACAAAACAAACUCAUGGAGAUGGAGUUCCUUGGCCUGGUUGGUGAGCAAGUGUCGAGAUAUAUAGAAGUCUGGAAGGUUUUAUUGGUACACAACGUACCCAUUGGGAUCAUGAUCAUGGAAUCUGGUAUACUCCCAAUCGAGAUCUAUGUGUGGAGGAUGCCCCAUGACAGCAUUGACAGAGUAAAAUAAAAAUCAAGAGGAGGGGCUCCGGUAUCUGUGUUCACCCUUUCUUCUCUACAGAUUUGUGUCGUUUAUGAUUGAUUCCCAUGUUCAUACUGCAGGAGCGAUCAGAGCUGCAGGACAGGAUGGUCGAGAGUUUUACAGCGCCCAAGGUGGGGAUGUGUAUAGAUAAACUUUUUGUUACCAGCGCCCAGCUGGAGGCAUGGUGCCAAGCUGUAAAACAUCAAUUCUUCAUAGUAACCACAUGUUGCUAGCAAGUUACUUCACCCCCCUGGUUCCAUCUUUCUCGUAGCAUCAAAGAGGAGCAUAGAAAUGGAGGCCACUUUGAUCUCCAAAUUCUCCACUGUCACGCACUUCGAGCUUCCGCAGCUUCCCAACAACAUCCCGUUCGCCUACCACCCGCAAUCCGCGACGAUCAGUCCCCAGAUCGACGAGUGGAUGCUUCGCAAGAUGAAGAUCACUGACCAGAGUGUGAGGAAGAAGAUGAUCCACUCCAAGAUCGGACUGUACGCCUGUAUGAUGUAUCCCAAUGCCGAGAGGGAGAAGCUCGUCCUGGCCGGUAAGAAUCUCUGGGCCCUCCUCCUCAUCGACGAUUUGCUCGAAUCCAGCAGCAAGGAAGAGAUGCCUCGGCUCAACACCACCAUCACCAACCUUGGCAGUGGAAAUUCCAGGGAUGGAGCUAUCCGGAAUCCUGUGCUGCUUCUGUAUAAAGAAGUUCUGGGAGAGCUUCGAGCUGCCAUGGAGCCACCUUUGCUGGACCGCUACUUGCACUGCCUGGCAGCUUCACUCGAAGGUGUCCGGAAGCAAGUCCACCACCGAACCAGAAAGAGCGUCCCUGGACCGGAAGAAUAUAAGCUCACCCGUCGUGCCAAUGGAUUCAUGGACAUCCUCGGGGGCAUCAUGACCGAGUUCUGUAUGGGAAUCCGCCUCAACCAAGCUCAAAUCCAGUCUCCAACCUUCCGGGAGCUCCUCAACUCUGUGUCUGAUUACGUCAUUCUCGUCAAUGACCUGCUGUCCUUCCGGAAGGAGUUUUACGGAGGCGAUUAUCACGACAACUGGAUCUCGGUUCUCUCGUACCAUGGCCCCAGGGGGAUCAGCUUUCAGGAUGUGAUUGACCAGCUGUGUGAGAUGAUCCAAGCAGAAGAGCACUCAAUCCUGGCCUUGCAGAAGAAGAUUGCCGACGAAGAAGGUUGCGACUCGGAGCUGACGAAAUUCGCAAGUGAGCUUGCAAUGGUUGCUUCCGGGAGCCUCGUGUGGUCGUAUCUCUCUGGCCGUUACCAUGGCUAUGAUAAUCCACUGAUCACUGGGGAGAUUUUCAGUGGAACAUGGCUGCUGCAUCCCGUGGCCACCGUCGUCUUCCCAUCCAUCAAGGCUCGCCCCUGAGAUACAUUGCUGGGGCUCAAAGUUCCGGUUCCACCACCUAGAAGGCCCUGGUGUGAUCCUCCGUUGCUCCUCCAGCAUUCCUACGCUACCGUAGAUGUUAGCCAUGAGCACAAACGCUGGAGUGUGGCUGGGAUUUAUCUUGAGCAGUGACUCAAAAGCAUAUCUUCCAGUUUUUA